AUGUUGGCUUUGAACAAUACUUCUAACUGGCCCACUUUUUCCUUCAUUGGCAUCCCAGGUUUAGAGGCUGCACAUAUGUGGAUCUCCAUCCCCUUCUGUCUUCUGUACGUGGUAGCACUUGGGGGUAAUAUUAUUCUGCUCAUGCUAGUUAGAGCUGAGCAGAAUCUUCACGAGCCCCAGUUCUAUUUUUUGGCCAUGCUAGCCCUCACUGACCUAGGCCUUUCAUUGUCAACAAUGCCUAGUGUCUUGGCCAUCUUCUGGUUUGAUCUUCAUGAUGUAAGCCUGGACGCCUGCCUGACCCAAAUGUUCUUCAUUCAUACACUGUCAACAGUAGAAUCAGGGGUCCUGGUGGCCAUGGCUUUUGACCGCUUGGUGGCUAUCUGUGCCCCUCUAAACUACACCAGGAUCCUCACCCACCUUACUGUUGCCUGCCUCAGUGGUGCUGCCUUUAUAAGAGGAGCCACUCUCUUGGCCCCUCUGCCUUUUUUCCUCAGAACCUUUCCUUUCUGUGGGGACAACACCCUCUCUCACUCCUACUGCUACUAUCCGGACAUGCUGAACUUGGCCUGUGGGGAUGUCACUUUCAGCAGUCUUUAUGGAUUGGUCUGUGUGCUCUGCACCUUUGCAGUGGACGCUGUCUUCAUCCUGGUUUCCUAUGUGAAGAUCCUGGGCACAGUGAUGAAACUGGGAGUUCAUGACCACAACUGGAAAUCGCUGCAAACCUGUGCCUGUCACCUGUGCACAGUGUUUGUGUUUUACCUGCCCCUCAUCAGCCUGGCAGUUCUGCAUCGGUACAGCCAGGAGACUUCCCCAGUUCUGUACACCACCAUGAGCAACGCCUACCUGCUCGUGACGCCACUGCUGAACCCUCUUGUGUACAGCCUCAAAUCCAGGCAGAUCCAGGCAGCCCUGCGCAAGCGAUUUGGGGUGCAACGUGUUGUUGCUGGAGAAUGA